GAUUGUUUUUUGCGUCAUUUCCGGCGCCCUUUUUCCGCGACGGAAGAUCGCAGUGUUUCGCUGCAUCGCACUAUAUUUGUGUGAAAGAUGUCUCCGUCUGUGUUCAAUUUUAAUGAAGCCAAAGAUAAAUUUACGGCUGCAACUAUAAGUGCGUUGGACAGUAAGACCAUCAAACCCUUGAUAAACAUAUUCAACCAGCUAUCCGGAAAUGAGACGGAGAAGAAGACAACGUUCGAUCAGGCCCUUCGAGGGGUGUUGGAGGGGGUAAUUGUGAAACAGAACACUGGCUGUGAUGAUUUCCUGUCGCUCAUUUACCUCAGUAUUGAUGGAGUCACUGAAGGUAUCUGCUCAGCCACAACCCCUUUCCUCCUGCUUGGAGAUGUGCUUGACUGUCUUCCUCUCGACCAGUGUGACAAAAUAUUCACUUUUGUUGAGGAGAACGUCUCUACGUGGAAAUCUAGCUCAUUUUAUACUGCUGGGAAGAACUACUUGUUAAGGAUGUGCAAUGAUCUCCUGAGGCGUCUGUCCAAAACGCAGAACACUGUCUUCUGCGGCCGGAUCCAGCUAUUUCUGGCUCGACUGUUUCCCCUGUCGGAGAAAUCCGGUCUGAACUUGCAGAGCCAGUUUAACCUUGACAACAUCACAGUGUUCAACAAGAAUGAGCAGGAGAGCACUCUUGGUCAGAAGCACACAGAAGAGAAAGAGGAGGGUAUGGAAGUGGAAGAGGGUGAGAUGGGAGACGAGGAGCCGACUCCCUGCACCGUUCCCAUUGAUUACGCCCUGUAUAGAAAGUUCUGGACAUUGCAAGACUACUUCAGGAACCCAGUGCAGUGCUACGACAAGUUUUCCUGGAUGACCUUUCUGAAGUACUCGGAUGAGACCCUGGCGGUGUUUAAAAGCUACAAACUGGACGACACACAGGCGUCGAAGCGGAAACUGGAAGAGCUCAGGACAGCGGGAGGAGAGCACGUGUACUUUGCGAAAUUCCUCACCAGUGAGAAGCUGAUGGACUUGCAGCUAAGUGACGGUAACUUCCGACGCCACAUUCUCCUACAGUAUUUGAUCCUCUUCCAGUAUCUGAAAGGCCAGGUCAAGUUCAAAAGCUCCAAUUGUGUUUUAAAUGAUGACCAGUGCCUAUGGAUGGAGGAAACCAGCAAACUGGUUUACCAGUUGCUCAGAGAAAUUCCACCUGAUGGAGACAAAUUUGCCAACACGGUGGAGCACAUUUUGAACAAUGAGGAGAACUGGAAUGCGUGGAAAAAUGAAGGCUGUCCAAGUUUUGUGAAGGAAAGGCCUGCUGACGCGAAGCCCUCAAGGCCGACUCGUAAGAGACCGGCGCCGGAGGACUUCUUGGGGAAGGGUCCUGACCGGAAGAUCUUCAUGGGCAAUGAUGAAUUGACACGACUCUGGAAUCUCAACCAUGACAACAUGGAUGCCUGCAAGUCAGACAGCAGGGAGUUCAUGCCGUCUCUCGAAGAGUUUUUCGAGGCGGCCAUCGAGCAGGCCGACCCAGCCAAUAUGGUGGAGGAUGAGUACAAGGUGGUGAGAAACUCCAACUACGGCUGGAGGGCAUUGCGCUUGCUGUCCCGGAGAAGUCCCCAUUUCUUCCAGCCCACGAACCAGCAGUUCAAGAGCUUGGCGGACUACCUGGAAAGCAUGGUCAUCAAGCUGGCUAAAGAGCUUCCGAAAGAUCUCCCAUCUGAAGAAAUAAAAACUGGCGAGGAAGAAGAGGAUGACGAGAAUGGCGAUAAUCUCCUGAAGGAGAGCAAUGAUAGCCCCGGAAUCCAGAACAAGCUUGUAUCCAACCAACAGAUGGAUGAAGUAGCAGCUAAGCUGGGCUCCCAGUGGAAGACGCUGGCAACGCAGCUGGAGAUGAAGGCGGCCGAGGUGCGGGAGAUCGAGACGGAGAGCGAGGACGCGGACAUGCAGGCCAAGCUGCUGCUGGUGGCGUGGCAGGACAGGGAAGGCAGCCAGGCCACGGUGGAGAACCUGAUCACGGCACUGAACGCGGCAGGGUUCUCCAGCUUCACAGAGGCUCUCAGUGACACAUAGGCAGGACGUGUCCCUGUGCGCCCGACCACAGCGAAUUCUUUUACUGUAUACCGUCAUUCGUUAAAUAAAUGUUUUUGUAAAAGUA